CAGCAGCGGCGGCGGCGGUGGCGGCUCGUCCCACACCGGCCUGUCCCAGUGACCCGUCAGUGAGCCCCGGAACCGGCCGGAACCAGCCGAGCGCGCGCGCCGCCGCCCGUCCAGCCGGUCCAUCCGGGCUGGGUCACUGCCCCCAGCUCUGUGCUCCGGAGACGCCGCCCGACCCGGAGUCGGCCGGAAACUGCUCUGGCAGAAUGCACCAGGUGCACCUCCUGAGAGCGGGGGUCAGUCUGUCACUGGCGGUGCAUCUUGGAGCGUCGGCGCUCCGCUGGCUGGAGAUACUCGAAGAGGAAGAGGAGCAGCUCAGCAACCCUCGAGCUGCGUGGUGCGAGUCUGCCGCCCAGCACCAUCACCACAGCCCCAGCCCCAGCUCCUCUCUCUCCUGUCCAGAGGGGCUCUCAGAGCAGCCGAGGCGGCGCGGCCUGGCCGGGUCGGACGCGUCCCAGCCAUGUAUCGGCUGCUGUGGUGGACGGCGCUGGCGGCUCUGCUGCCUGCUGCGACACGCGGCCAGGGCGGUCAGUUUGAACUGACUGUCAUCCAGUACCAGCACCCGGUCACCGAUAAACAGGACGUAUACACACAACAGGUAGCCGAUGCCAUUCGACUAGCCCGCAGUCACGGUCAGGGUAAUGUGCUAGUACUAAACACCGGCGGAACGAGACGGGCGAUGCGGAGACAGUUCCGGGUGCCCGAUGUCAGCCCGGCGGCCACGGCCUUCUCGAAGGAGGACUUUAACGGCGGCAUCAGCUCGCUGAUGGCGCGCGUCGUGGGCUCCCCGGAGACGUUCGUCGUGUCCAACAUCAGGUCCUCGCUGCUGCGCCGCUUCGUCGCCGACUCGACGGUCGUCGACAUCGGCGGAAAGACUGUCGGAGUCGUCGGAUUUGUGUCGCGCUAUUUGAACCAAAAGCUUCUGGACGCCGGCAGCAUGCCGAUCGUGGCCGAGGUGCCCGCCGUCCAGCGCGAGGUGCGACGGUUGAAGGAGCGGGGCGUCGACAUUGUCAUCGCCCUGGGCAGCGCCGGACACCGCAGGAACGCCGAGAUCGCCCGCGAAGUGCGCGGGCUGGACGCCGUGGUGACCGGACCGGUGGAGACCCGCGCGGCCGCGACAGAGUCCUUCCCGCAGGCGAUUGAGCAGCCGUGGGGCACUGUGGUGCCGCUACUGGAGAUUCCCCUGGCCACCGACCACCUAAUCGGCAUCACUCGCCUGCUGUUCGACGAUACCAACCAGGUCACCAAGGGAGUCGGCAUGUUCACCGUCGCCGACGGAACCAACAGAGAUGCCGUGGAGCAGAAGCAGCUGGCUCUCCUUGAGAUGGACACUGUGGAGAGCUCAGGCCAGGGCCCCGCCGAGGCACUUGAAACUCUGGGUGUGGCGGCCAAUCAGUACUCUGAGGAACAGGCUGUCGCCGGCGACGUUCCGCCGCCCUCUGUGGCUGACGUCGUGACUGCCACCAAUGUCGAGUCCGCCGACGGAGGAAACGGCGCAGACGAGGUGUUCAUUCCGGAGAAUCAGCCGUUUGUUCCACCGUUCACUGCGGCAGCGACUGAGGGCGACGAUGUGGUCAGAGGGACGGAGAAGGGACCGCUGUCAGCGCAAGGAGCGUUGGCGUUGAAGGAACAACUCGUUGAGCAGGCGGAAGAGGAAGAGAAGCCAGAAGAACAGGUGAAAGAAGAUGCUUCGACCAGUGACACCGAAGCGACUGUUGAUGCCAAUGAUGAUGUGAAAGACGCGACAGCUAAUGAGAACCAAGCGGCAGCUGCUCCUGCCGCGGCUGAAAUCUCUCCUGAUCAGAACACCGAAACGUUGACGGCGGCUGAGGUUCAGGAUCUCAAGAGCGACCUUGGUCCCCUUACUGCCGCUCAGGUGGAAGCUCUCAAGGAUAGGUUUGUUGUCGUUAACGAAGCAGAGAACCAGCCAGGCUCCGCUGUGCUUGUCGAUAAAAACAGCAUGGGCAUGACGCAGAGCUCGAGCGGAACGACGCCAGUAAAAGAGACAAGUGAUGAGACUAGUGAAAAGGAAGCAGAAGCUCCUGUGGCCGGUGAGACUGCUGAGACGUCGGAAACUUCAGACGAAUCUGCAGUAUCUCUUGUCCAGAACGCCAGCAAGGAUGAUGAUGCAACAACCAUGCUCGUCAUGAAGGACAAUAAUGCCGAAUCUGGAAUGCCACCGGCGCAAACAGUUGCUGUGAGUGUCCAGCUUGGCGAUGCUCCGCAGACGGCUGAUUCCGAGAAGGAAAUCAGUGAGACUGGUGAGUCGGAUGCAGAUCAAGCUAUGGAAGAUAUGGAGAAGGAUACGCCUGACUUGAGCAUGGCUAGCGACCCUUCCACUCCUGCGCUAGACGAGACAACCGCUGAAGAAAUUGACGCAGAAGUCGAAGGCUCUGGCAACCAGGACGAGGUUGAAGCAAACAGUGAUGAAGUCCCAGCGCCAGGAACCGAGGUUAAUGACGCCAAUGAUAUUCAGCCUGAGGCAGUUGAAACGCCAUCAGAAACAGUUAUUGCAUCUGAAGAACCGGCUCCUAUUCAAUCCGACAACGUAUCGGCCGACGGCAUCCCGGAAGUUGCAGACACCGAGGGCGCCCUUCCGAUGAACGACGUCGCUUCUAGCAGUAAUACGGCCGAGCCCGUUCCGCCAGUGUCUGAGACCAUGGCAACUUCCGAGACUGCUGACAGCGUCCAGGAUGAAGCAAGCGUCGAAGCUGUGGACACUGUUUCGGACUCUGACGCUGCCAGUGUCUCUUCGGAGAUUUCUGACGAUUCUGCCCAGAACUCGGAGGCUAGCGAAGCUGUGCAGACCGCAGAUAUUGCCCAGGAUCCUAUUAUCCAGGCUCCAAGUAUCGAAGGCAGUAUGGUCGAGGUUCAGGGCGAGACUUCUGAUAAGAUGCCGAGUGAUGCCAACGUUUCUCCGAGUGAAGCUGCCGAUGUGGCUGCUGCUGUUGAUGAUGAUCAGAUCCUUGGCACGUCUGAGGAAGCUGCUGGUAUCGGAAUCACUUCCCAAGAGGAUGGAAUUUCUAGUGACACUCCGAAUGCUCAGGAUGCGAUUGAGCAGACCGUCAACGAGUCUCCCAACACUAUUGUUGCUCCGUCAGACGCUGAACAAGACCCUUCUCCUGUUCCUCCUGGUGAAGCGACCACCCCUGUCGAUGUUCCUCAGGAACAACUUAUCAACGAAGAAUCUCAGGCCGUUGUCCAAGACCAAGCGCCAGUAACGUCGCCCGAAAUCCAGAAUACUUCUCAGGAGUCGAUUGCAAGCCCCGUGCAGGAUCAGACAUCAGCAACCGAUGGUGAAAACGAACUUCAGCAAUCCACGGAUCUCACCCCUGGCACAGGAGUCGGCAUUGAGUACCCGGUUCAGGCUUAUGACGAGGAAGACGCUGGACAGAACCUCCAGUUCAUCGAUGCAUCGCUUUUCAAUGCACCAGAGCCAUCUCGUAUCGGAUCUGUGGCUGGCGUCCUGGAUGCCAUUCAAGCGAUUGUUGGAGAGACGAUGGACAGUGGCCCGACCAAUGCGAUUUCGGAGUCGAAGAUUGACGAAGAGACCUCACCCGAUGACGCUCAGCCAGCUAUUCCUAAUGUCUUUGAUGUCACCGCCGACGCUGCGAACACAGAUAGCGAGCCAACUGACGUCUCCACCGUCGAAGAGGCGCAGAAGGAACCUCAAAUGGACGAUGCUAGUGAGCCUGUUGCGUCAACCCAAGAUACUGGUGCUGCUGUGGGAGACUUGAACCUUCAGGCCGGUGUGGAAGGCGAACCCGCCACUGCAAUUUCCAGCACCGAAGAGCAGGUCCCUGAAACAACCGGUACCGGGUCUCAGCAACUGAAUGCCGACAAGUUGUCCGAGUUGAAGGAAGAGUAUCUUUCAGGACUAGCGGAGAAGGAGACUGAAGAUAUAGGAGAGCCAGCUCCGGUAAUGUCUGAUGAAGAAAAACUGGCACAGCUCCAAGCUCAGUACACUAAUGGUGAAACUCUCGACAGCACAUCAGGAAGCCAGGCAGACGAUAACAAGGAAUCGUCAGCUGCGGAUGAGGGCGAGGAAGGCUUGGUCAGCAACACUGCAGAAGCUGAGCAACUGCCUGAGGAUGACGAAUCAGUAACCAGCCUCCAGGAAUCUCAGGACAGCAAGGAACCUGGACCCGUCGGAACUAGUCCAGGCAUCGAGGUGAGCCCUGAUUCUGGUCCUGCUGUUGCGACCAACAACGCUGAGACCGCUGAUGCAGGCUCAGAGUCUGAACCUGCUGAAGUGAACCCAGUUUCCGAAGCUGCUGAGGAUAGCCCAGAUACUAUGCCUGUUGAAGCGAGCCCCGAUGCAGAGACUUCUGGAGUGAGUUUUGAUGCAGAGACAGUCGAAGUGAACUCGGAUACUGAGCUUGCUGAAGUGAUCUCCGAUGCUGGAAUGACCUCAGACACUGAGUCUGCUGAAGUAAUCUCCGAUGUUCAGCCCGCUGUCGGAAACACCGACGCAGAGACUGUUGCAGUGAACCCAGACUCUCAGGCUGCUGAAGUGAUCUCUGAUGCUGAAGCCGCUGAAGUCAGCUCUACCUCUGCCACUGCUGGCCUCAGCCCAGCUUCUGAGACUGUUGAAGUUAACUCCGAUGCUGAGCCUGUGGCAGUAAGCUCCGAUGCUGAACCAGCUGAUAUGAGCUCUGCUGAUGAGUCUGUGCCAAUGAGCUCUGACACAGAGCCCGCUGAAAUCAGCUCCGAUACUCAGCCCGCUGAAGUCAGCUCUGAUUCCGAGUCUACUGACGAUAGCUUCGAUACUACCGAAGGCUUUGUUCCAGAGUCUGUUGAAACGAAUUCUGACAUCGAGACCGCCGGAGUGAGCUCGGAUGCUCAGUCAGCGGAAGUGAGCUCUGAUACUGAUACUCCUGAGGUCAGACCCGAUACCGAGACUACUGAAGUAAGCUCAAACUCAGAGCCUGCUGAUGAUAGCUCCGAUGUUGAGGCUGCUGACGAUAGCUCCGAUUCUGAGACUGCUGAGAUGAGCUCAGAUACUGAGACUGCUGAGAUGAGCUCUGGUUCUAAAACUGCUGAAGUGAUCCCAGGAUCUGAGGCUGCUGAGGUGAGCUCAGACUCCGAGACUGCUGAGAUGAGUUCUGAUGCUCAGCCUGCUGAAGUGAGCUCGGAUACCGCGACUGCUGAAGUGAUCCCAGGAUCUGAGCCUGCUGAAGGUUCCCAGGCUGCUGCAGACCCUGUUGUUGCUGAUGCUGGGGAAGUGAGCCCUAACUCCGAGGAUGAAGGAAGUUCGGUUUCAGAUACUUCUGCGUUGAACUCGGAUGCUGAAGCUGCCAAUCCCAUCUCCGAUUCUGAUGGCGCCGCAGCUAUUCCCGGUUCGGAGGUGAAUGCUGAUGGCUCUAUUCCAGAGACAACUGACAUAAGUUCCACCUCUGAGACUGUUGCCGCCAGCCCAGACUCUGAGCCUGCUGAAGUAAGCCCUGAUGCCGGGAUGAGCUCGGAUUCUGAAACUGCUGAAGUGAACUCCGAUGCUGAUACGUCUGAGGCGGGCCCAGAUACUGAGCCCGCUGCAGUAAGCUCUUAUUCCGAGCCUGCUGAAGUGAACUCCGAUGCCGAGCCCGCGGAUAUGGCUCCUGAUUCUGCUCCCACUGAAGUGAGCUCUGACGACGAGCCUGCUGAAGUGAGCUCGGAUGCUGUCACUGCUGGAACGGGCCCAGACAUGGUUGGAGUAACCUCUGAUGAUCAGGCUGCUAAAGAUAGUUCUGAUAUGUCGCCUGCUGAAGUGAGCGCCGACUCUGAAGCUGCUGAGAUAAACUCAGACUCGGGAGCUACCGACACGAUGUCCGACCCUGAGGCCCCUGAGGUGAUCUCUGAUGUCCAGAAUGCUGAAAUGAGCUCCGAUGCUGAGCCUGAGGCAGUAAACCCAGACACUGAGACUCCUGAAGUGAACCCUGAUAUUGUGACUGCUGAUGUGAGCUCCGACGCUGAUGCUGGUGAAGCUAGCUCUGGUUCUGAGACUGCUGAAGUGAGCCCAGGAUCUGAGACUGCUGACAUGAGUUCAGAUUCCGAUGCUGUCGAAGUUAGCCCUGAUGUCGAGUCCGCCGAAGUAAGCUCUGAUUCUGUACCUGCUGACGUGAGCUCUGCUGCUGAGAUUGCCGACGUGAGCCCAGUCUCUGAAACUGCUGAAGUGAGCUCAGACUCUGAGGCUUCCGAAGUGAACUCAGAUGCUGAGACUGACGAGAUGAGCAAAGUCUCUGAAACUGCUGAAGUAAGCUCUUCUGAUGCCGAGCCUGCUCAGGUGAACUCUGAUUCUGAGCCCAUGAGAUUAGGCGCUGAUACUGCUGAAGUGAGUGCCGAUGCUGAGCCUACUGAAUUGAGUUCUGAUUCUGAGACUCCCGAAGUGAAUGCUGAUACUGAGACCGUAAGUGCAGACUCUGACACUGAUUCUCAGACUGCUGAAGUGAGCCCUGUCUCUGCCGAGGUCAGUUCUGAUACUGCUGAAAUGAGCUCCGAUUCUCAAACUUCUUCAGUGAGUUCCGAUGCUGAGCCCAUGGAAGUGAGCCCCGGCUCUGUCGAGACUAGUUCUGAUGCUAAUACCGCGGAGGCUGUGCCCACCUCUGACAAUACUGAAACCGACAUCGCUUCUGAGGACAUCGAAACCUCCCUCACCAACGCCGUCCUGCCAGCAAACGGUCUCUUCUGGUACCCGAACAAGCAGAAUUCCCAGGAGACCGCUCCUCUGGACUCUCUCGUCCCUCUGACGGCCAUAUCUCAGUCAGGUUUCGUUCCAGCGAGGAGACCCGACGCCCCCGAGCAGCAGGGGUACCUCUCGUCAGCAGAGUCUGAAGUGGUGGAGGUCGACAAGGAGGAUAUCCUGCAGACGAUCAAGGAUAACAUGCCGGAGGGAGUGGUGAUCGGAAAACCGGUCGAGAGUCCUGAGCAGGCACCUGAGGGUGAGACCGCUCCACUUAGCUCGGAGAGCGAUCUUACCUCGGAUAUGGGAGUAAACCCGGAGAAUGAAGUGGGUUCAGCUAUUGCGGAGAGCUCAACGACUGCCGAGGAUUCCCAGACUGAUCUUGGCUCAGAGGCCGGAGUGAACGCUGAUACAGCGGCGAGCCCAGAGGACGGAGCCAGCUCGGUUACCGCGGAUAGCUCAGCGACUGCCGUGGGCCCAGAGGCUGAAAUUACCUCUGACUCUGCAGCUCCUGUGUCGGACACUGAAGAUGCUGAGGUCAUUCCUCCGGGAGCGGAGGCCCCUCUGGCAGAAGAAAAAGUGGACACUGUCUCCCCGGUUCAGACCGAAGUCCCUAUCUCAGAGACCGAAGAGCCUUCUUCAGUUCAGGCUGGAGAACCGUCUCCAGUCCAGUCUAAAGAACCUAUGCCUGCUCAGUUCAAAGACCCUUCUCAAAACCAGGAUGUAGAAACGGCACCAGUUCAGUCUGAAGAACAAUCCAUGGAUCAGCCUGAGGAGACUUCUCCAGUCCAGACUGAGGGACAAUCCACAGUUCAGUCUGAUAACUCUCCAGUUCAGCCGCAAGUACCCUCACCAGUUCAGACUGAGGAGCCAUCGCCCAUGCAGACUGAAGUACAGUCACCAGUGCAGACUGAAGAGCCCUCUCCACUCCAGCCUCAAGAACCUGUUCAAGUUCCGCAACAAGCGCCUUCUCCUGUUCAACCUGUCGAACCAGUUCCAUCCCAGCCCCAGAUUCCGUCCCUCGGGCAGAUCACUUCACCCUCUCAACCCUUGUACGGCCAAUCUGGCGCCCCAGGACAGAGUGCUACGGACGUUAUCAACACCAUUCAGGGCAUCGUCACAGAACAGCAGGAGCAGCUCCCCAGCUCUGACAGUCCUGCGCUGCCGGCGAGCGAUGCGGCCAGUCUGCCUGGAGGAGCGGGUGAUGUAUCGGGGGUCAUCAGUGCCAUCCAGGGCAUAGUGAAGGAGGAGACUGCUGCACAUGAGGAGGUCAGUGGAGACGCGCCGGUGGUGGCUGAUGAGCCUCAGACUGCUGAGCCUGAAGAUCCGAUGAAUGUUAAGACUAAGGAGACUGAAGUACCGACUGGAGUUGAUACUGAAGGACCGACUGAUGAGACUGAAGUACCGACCAAGAUGGAGACUGGAGAGACUGACGUACCGACUGAAGCCCAGACUGGAGAGACUGACGUACCAACUGAAGCUCAGACUGCAGAGACUGAAGUACCGACUGAAGCUCAGACUGGAGCGGCUGGAAUACCAACUGAAGCUCAGAUUGGAGAGACUGGAGUACCGACUGAAGAUCAGAAUGGAGAGGCUGGAAUACCGACUGAGGCUGGGUCUGGAGAAGCUGAAGGCGUACUAGGAACAGAGUUCGUCGCACCCGAAGAUCUAUCGCAGAAUGAGAUUGCCCAGCCUGAAGAGCCCCUAGACGAGCUCGCCGGGCCUGAGGAUAUGCUAGAGCCUGAACUAGCCGCACCUGAAGACCUAUCGCCGAACGAGAUAGCCGAGCCUGAAGCUCCUCUAGAGCAGCCUGGCGAUGCUCCUCAGUAUCUGCCUCAGCCGGUGGACUCGGAGACACCGCUGAGGCAGCCGGCUGGUGUUCCUGAGCAGCCGGCUGUCGCUCCUCAGACAGGCAGCGUUCCUGCCCAGCCGGGCAGCGUUCCUGCUCAACCGGCCGUCCCUGCCCAGCCUGCCGUCCCUGCCGCUGGCCCGACGCCAGGCCAGCGGCCGGUCCUUCCGUCUAUACCAUCCCACGUUACCGAGGACGAGCUGAUGGCGAUUAUCAGUCAGGAGGACCUCUCCUCCCUCGGCCUGUCACAGAGCCAGCUGCUGGCGCUGCUGACCGGAUCUCUCCCCGCCGGUCUGCUGCCGGUGUCCGGACAGGAGGCGUUCGUACCCGUCCGCAGCCCGGGAGCGGUGGACGCGGGAGUCGUGCCGCCCUCUGCCUACCCGCAGCUGCCGACUGGACAGGGAGUGUCGACCGGCUCAGUCCCCGUGAUCCCCACCUCUCCUCUUUCUCCCGCCUCAGUUUCUGUAUCCGCCCCUGUCAUCAUCCCUGUCUCCGCCCCUGCUUCUGUCCCCGCUCCUGGAACUCCACCGGUCAGAGAGGACCUCACACCAUCUUCUCCGUCACCCAGCGCUGUCGCUACCCCCAUCGCCCCAGCUCCACAGUCCGCCCCAUCCCCUUCCGCCCCUGCGAGCGGUGCACCAUCUCCACCGAUCCAGUCCGUGCCAGCCACACAGGGAGCGCAGACUCCGACUAGAGAUGAUCCCGUGCUUGGGGUUACGGCAGGACAGAUCGCAGGGGAGCUGACCGACUGCCUCGGAACAGAGUGCGCCAUGGGAAAGAUCAUCGCUGAUGCGCUUCGCUGGAGGCUGAGAGCCGAAGUCGAAGGAACGUUUGUGGCCAGCGAUGUCUUCCAAGGCUCCUGGCAAGGUGAAAUCCGAAGGUCGGACAUUAUCUCCGUCGUGAGAAACAAUCCCAGGAUCUCGAUUGUGACAAUCGAGGGAUCGCGCUUUGAGGACUUCAUCCGUGUCCUGGAGGGAAGCCCGUUGUUCUUCCAUAUGUCGGGUGUCCGUCUCACGGUCAGUCCGCAGAUGGACAUCAGCGUCUCUGUGCUGUGCGAGGGCUGCGGGCCCACGCCCUACCAGCCCAUCAACACGGCCAAGCCGUACGUGUUGGCCUUCCUGACUGGUGCAGAUAAUCGGCUGUUCGAGUCGACUGUCUUCGCCGACGUCCGGCCGCUGACGCUGAGCCUCACCGAUGACGUCCUGGUGCCAUACGUCGAGGCGAAUCGGUUCGUCUCCCCGCCGACCGACGACCGUAUCAUUUUCGCCGGCACACCGGCUCCAACUCGAGUGGACACAUCUGCCGACGCGCCACAGGGAGCAGCCCCGGCCCAGCGGCCUACUCAGCUUCUUACUGAGGAGGAUCGUCUGGAGGCGCUCAAACAGCAGUACCUGAGCGACAUCCUGGCAGUAGCCGAGGAUGCGGAUGCCGCGGAGGGUCCUACCGAUCCUCAGCAGUUGCUACAGCAGCUGACGGAGCUGCAGCAGCAGUACCAGCAGGCCGCGCCGGCAGUGGUGGCGGCUGCGACGCCGAGUGAUCUAGAUCAGCUAGCGCUGCUUCAGCAGGAGUACGCCCCGGCGGGUGGAGUGGCUAGUGUCGCCCCGGUUAGGGCCGGUUCUCUGGCGCCGGCGGCGGAGACAACUCAGACCCGCCCGGUCGGUGUGGCUCAGUCGACUGCUACCCAGAGUCAAACCCCGGCGGCGGAGCUUACGGACAUCGAGAGGCUGGCCCUGCUGCAGCAGCAGUACGCCCAGGCUGACGAGAGUGUAGCUCCUGUGAGAGCGGGCUCUACGUCAGCCACUGCUCCGGUCAACAGUGGAGCCCAGACUGUCCCCUCUCGACCGGCGGUGACCGUCCAGCGCCGCCCGGUGGCCCGCCCGGCAGACCCGGCCGAACCUCCGGCUGACGAGCUGACCAAGCUACAGGAGCUGUUCGCCCUACAACAGCAGUACGGAGCUACUGGAACGGCGCCUGAUCCGGUCAUCGCCUCCCAGGUAAACCCGGUUCACUUUGGAUCGGCUGCGCCGGGUGCUGAGGUGGUACCGCAGACUUCUGUACCACAUCCUUCUGUGUCUCGGCCGUCAGUACCUCAGACGUCUGUACCUCGCCCUUCGGUACCUCAUCCCUCGGCACCUCGUCCGUCGGUACCUCGUCCUUCCGUGCCAUACGCUUCAGUUCAGCAAACAUCAGUACCUCGCCCUUCAGUACCGUACGGUUCAGUACAGCAGACAUCAGUACCGUACGGUUCAGUACAGCAGGCAUCAGUACCGUAUGCUACAGUGCAGCAAACAUCAGUGCCUCACCCGUCGGUACAGCAGACUUCUGUGCCAUACGUUUCAGUACCCCAAUAUCAGCAAGCUCACGCGCAGCUCUCCUCCGCAGCUCCGGCAGUAGAGAACGUCCAGCCCGCCUACGCACCUGCCGUGCAGUACGUGCAACUGAGCGCGCCUCACGAAUCGGUGGCGUAUUCUCCGGAACAUCAGCAAGUUCAUCUGGCAGUGGGAAGUGCGGAGCCGUCGGAGUUGGCCGAGUAUCAGGAGCACGCGCUGACGGCUUAUCAGCAUGCAGUGGCGUCCGGGCAGUCGGAUGAUGUACAAGUUGUAAGGCUGGUUGAAAAGCAGGUGGAACAUGAAGCACAGCCGUACUAUGAUCAGGUUGUACCGCACAAGCCUCAGUAUGCACAGCUUGUGCAGCAAGAAGUACAGCCUCAGUAUGCUCAGGUUGUGCAGCAAGAGGUGCCCGUAGAACACGUUCAGGUUGUACAACAGGAGGACGUGCAACCUCAGUACGUUCAGGUUAUUGAGCACGAGCAGCCCCAGUACGCUCAGGUUGUACAACAUGAAGUCCCUGUGCAGCAAGUACAGGUAGUUCAACACGAGGUUCCAGUUCACGAAGUCCAGGCGCAAUUCGUUCCCACAGUUCAGCACGUCGUGAAGCCCGUGCACGCUCAGGGCGUAGCUCAGGCUCUUCACGUCACCCUGGACGAGGCACAGCCGGCGUCGGAGGUCCAUGUCAGCGUGGCGCGUCCGCACCACGCGGAGACGGCCGCCCUACAGCAGGCCGCUCUAGUCGGCUACCAGCAGCACUACGCCCCGGAGAAGGUGCAGACGGUGGUGGCCGUCCCACAGGAGGUCCAGCACGUCCAGCAGGUCCAGCAUGUUCAGCCAGUCCAAGCAGAGGAGUAUGUUGAAGUGGUGCCUCACGUGCUAGCCUCGACAGAGCACGGCGAUCCGUACGCCACGGUCGAAGCCGUCCACGUGCAGCAGUACACCCCGCAGCAGGUGGCUACGCUGCUGGCACUCCAACAACAGCAACAGCAGGAGGAUGGCAGCGGCACCAGCAUCUCCAGCCUGCUGGCGCAGAAGUUGAAGACGCUACAGGGCAUGCCGGCCAAGGCGGUGCUCGGGUUUCCGGUGAUGCUUCUGUUGGCUAGCUUGACAGCGGGAGCGCUUAUCUAACGGGUGACUCCACUCGCUUAAGUGGUAUUCAUAUGACAGUGUAGUGAAACCUCAGUUGCUGCGGUUCUACAGAAGGCAGCAGCAGGUGACAAAGACAAUGUCCCUCGGCAGUCACUGUUUACUGAGGCGCCAGGGGUAGACUAUAAUCCGUCCGUGUGAAGACAGACGUUAUGACGCUGUCACGCUCAACGCUAUCACCGCCAGUGUAAAACUAGCGCUCAAUCUCUUCGGGUUGUGUGGUCGUCGCUUUUCGGGCGUCGUCGAUGGUUUUGUUGAACAGGGCUAAAUGGGUCCAAUAUGGAUACGUGGAGGCAUUUGCAUGCUGGCAUUUGGCAUUUGUGCGCUAGUGGUGUCAACCUGAGGUAUAAUGGGCAUAUUUUAUGAGCAGGUAUAAUGUGGUUUUACGUGUGCCAAAUGUGCCGCUUUUGUAACACGGGCAAUUCCUACUGAUGUGCUGUUUUGUACAGUUGUUAUUUAUUUAUUGUGUAUAUGCAUGUCUAUUUAUUGAAAGUGUGAUUAACAUUUUCUACCAAUAAAAGAAAUGAUAUCCAAAA